GUAUUUUCGGAUCUGCCCAUUCUUCUACUCAUAAUCCGACAUUCCUAUGUUAAAUUUUUUAUUCGUUUGAGCUACAUCUCAAGAGAACUUCAAAUGAAGCAGAAGAAAUUUCACUCAGUUCUCUACAUCCUCAUUCUGAUUCACAUCAGGCUUUGUACAAGCACGGCUAGAGCCAGUGAUGCCGACACCGACAGAGAAGCGCUCGUGGCUUUCAAAUCCACGAUAUCUGACCCGCGAAAUGCACUCACGGGUUGGAAUCUCAGCACAUCUCACUGUAAUUGGACCGGCGUUUCAUGCACAAAUGAUGGUGAAAUGAGAGUGAAUGCUCUAAUCCUUGCUGGUCUCGGACUCACUGGCAUCCUCCCAUCUCAACUCUCCAACCUCAACUCUCUUCAGUAUCUCAAUUUGUCUCGGAACUCGUUCAGCGGUGAAAUUCCGUCAAGUUUUGGACACCUCACAGCCCUUCGGCAAAUCAUUCUUUCCAGGAACUCUAUCAGUGGCUUGAUUCCAGCGAAUCUCUCUUGGUGUCAUAGCCUUGAAGAGAUCAACUUCGAGUAUAACAACAUAUCCGGCGAACUUCCCACUGAAUUGGGUGUUCUCUCUGAGCUAAAGAUUCUUAUUGUUUCAGUGAAUAAUCUCACUGGCUCAAUCCCGAAAACGUUUGGUAAUCUCUCUGCUCUCACCACUCUUAGCCUUGCGAGCAACCAUUUGUCCGGUGAGCUGUCGAACGAGCUUGGGAGUCUUCAAAAUCUGACCGUUCUUCAGCUCUCUGUGAAUGCAUUAACUGGCACAAUCCCCCCUUGGAUUUUCAACAUUUCAACCCUCGAAUUCAUUAGUCUUACACAGAACAAGCUCGUCGGAAGAUUGCCGUCUAGUAUAAGCAUCUCACUAGCAAACCUGAAACAACUCUAUUUGGCAGAAAAUAUGAUUGAGGGGUUGCUACCAAAUUAUUUGUUCAACAGUUCACAAAUUCAAGUCCUCGAUGUCUCUUCCAAUCGAUUUAGUGGGUCCAUUCCUUCACUAGGUAACAUGAAAAGCCUGAAUUAUUUGCAUCUCGGCUACAACAAUCUGUCAUCUACCACCGAUCUCAACCUUCAGAUCUUCCAUUCACUUGUCAAUUGCACCAAGUUAGAGAUUCUCUACCUAAACAGCAACCAACUAGCUGGCGAACUUCCUAGCUCAAUUGGAAACUUGUCAGUGCAUCUGCGAGAGUUUUGCAUCGAUGAUAAUCAUUUAACCAAAGGUUUCCCCGAUGUCCUCGAUAGGUAUCAGAACCUCACGGCCUUGUCGCUCUACCAGAACUGGUUCGCAGGAAAAUUUCCCAGCACCGUAGGAAGGUUGCACCAGCUCCAAACUCUCCAAGCAUACGGAAAUAACUUUUACAGUGAAAUCCCGGAUUUCUUUGGCAAUCUCACUCAGUUAUACCGUCUCAGGAUGGGAAAUAAUGAGUUCUCUGGUAGACUUCCUUCGAGCAUUGGAAACUGCAAGCAAUUGAAUGUACUCGGGUUGGCGUCGAAUAGCCUCAGCGGAAACAUUCCAGAGGAGAUUUUCAGGCUUUCCAACUUGAGAGCUCUGCUAUUGGCCGAAAACAAAUUGACUGGUUCUCUCUCUCCUCGGGUGGGAAGCUUGAAACAACUCGAAUCGCUUGAUGUUUCAGAUAACCAGCUAUCUGGAACUAUUCCAACGUCCAUUGGUGGCUGCUCGAGUUUGGAUGCUCUCACAAUGGCUAGGAACAACCUAAGCGGGCAAAUACCAAGUCAAAUUGGCGACUUAUCUGCACUGCAGAGUUUGGAUCUCUCGUCGAACAAUCUCUCCAGUUCAAUCCCAGUAGAACUAGGAAAUCUUCAGAUUCUGCAGAGACUGAACCUGUCUUUCAAUCAUUUAGAAGGGCAAGUUCCUAUGAAUGGUGAGUUUGCUAAUCUAACCUGGGAUGAACUCCAGGGGAAUAAUGAGCUUUGCGUGAUCGAUGCAGAAGCAGCACGAAAGCUAGGGAUUAGUACAUGUGAAGCUAUGACAAAGAAAAAGUCCAAUCAGCAUCACCUGCUUGCAGUCCUCAUUCCCGUUUCAAUCUCUUUUGUGUUAGUGUGUUGCAUCCUCUGCUUCACAUGGGUAAUUAUCCAAAAGAAGAGGAAGAUAAAAGAGAGAGAGUCAUCAUUCCCAUCUCCUCUCAUCAAAGGCUUGCCGAAGAAGGUAUCUUAUGAUGAGCUUCGCCGUGCAACUAAUGGGUUUGCUCAAGAAAACUUCAUUGGGAAGGGCGGGUUUGGCUCCGUGUACAAAGCUGUGUUCCUACGGAACGAUGGCUCUUGCAUUAGCCUUGCUGUUAAGGUCAUAGAUCUUGAGCAAAGCAAGGCUUCCAAGAGCUUCAAUGCGGAAUGCAAAGCCCUCAAAUUCAUCCGGCAUCGGAACCUCGUGAAAGUCGCAACUUCCUGCUCAAGUGUCGACAACAUGGGGCAUGAGUUCAAAGCGCUGGUGAUGGAGUACAUGCCUAAUGGUAACUUGGAGAAGUGGCUCUACCCAGAAGACAUCGAGCGUGAUGGCUCGAGCUUGAGCCUAAUGCAGAGGCUCAAUGUCGCUAUCGACAUUGCUUCUGCAAUGGAUUACCUGCAUCACGACUGCGACCCUCCUGUGGUCCACUGCGAUCUGAAGCCGGGGAAUGUCCUUUUGGAUGACAACAUGGUUGCACACGUCGGGGACUUCGGAUUGGCUAGGUUUCUUCCUCAAAAUCAGCAGGAAACUGGUCACAGCACAAUAGGACUGAAAGGUUCGAUUGGUUACAUUCCUCCAGAGUAUGGAAUGGGAAGCAGGGCAUCAACCAGUGGAGAUGUCUACAGUUUCGGCAUCCUCCUGCUGGAGAUGCUUGUCUUGAAGAAACCGACAGACCAAAUGUUCGAGGAAGGCCUGAACCUGAGAAUUUUCGCGUCGGCAUUGGACAACGGGGCUCACAAAGUUCUCGACAUCGCUGAUUCAAGGCUUUUCGCAAAUGAUGAGGCUUCCAAUUCGACGGGGAGCAAUAUCUCCUCGAGCAGCUUCUUCAUGCAUUCAGACAACGUCAGCUUAGGAGGCAGCACGAAUCCAAGGAACAGCUGGUUGAUGAGGUGCGAAGAAUGUGUCGCAGGUUCGAUCAGGUUAGGCCUGUCUUGUGCAGCGCCAUCCGCCAAGGAUCGUCCGAGCAUGAGAGAGGCCUUGGCUAGAUUGCACGAGAUAAAGAGAGCUUUGCUGGGCUCAGUCGAUGCCUCCUGAUCACGUAUAAGAAUUUUGAGAACCUGUGUGCCCCUAUAUUUUGUACAAUGGCUGUGCAACAUCAAAGGCAAUUAGCAUCUCCAAAUCAAAGUCACGUUUGUCAUUUAUGUCUAUGAGAGAUUUCUUAUAUACGUAUGUAUAUGUGUAGAUUGAAUUUCUAGCUAAUGCACUC